AUGGAUACGCCGGUAAGGCGCAGCCGGCGGCUGGAAGGACUACGGCCUGAAUCCCCCCCUCCGAGGCAACCGGGCCUGGGAUCCCCCCGACGUCAGCCAGAGACAAGACCGGGAUCACCCAGUCUUCAGCAAGAUGUAGGACUGGGGUCUCCCCGAAGGCAGCCAGAGCCAGGCCCAGGAUCCCCCCAGCGUCAGCAAGAUCCAGGCCUGGAGUCACCCCGAAGACAGCCAGAGUCGAGCCCGAAAUCCCCCCUACGUCAGCCAAAGCCAAGUGAGGAGUCGUUAAAGUUCUCCCAGUGCCGGGGAGGACAGGACCCGGAGUUAGCCAAGAGUGAGGAGGAGCCGGGCCCAGGGUCCCCCCGACGUCAGCUAGAGCCUGGGGCGAACGCACCAAAGCCCUUCCAGAGCCAGGCUGGACCCGACUCGGGGUCUGCCCAGAAUAAGGAGGAACUGGCCCCUGGAUCUCCCCGACAUCACCCGCAGCCGGGCCCAGGAUCACCAGAGCCGUCCCCCGGCCAACAAGCUACUGGUCCGGAGCCCUCGCAGCCACUACAGAAGCUGACACCCCAGUCACCCGGCUCCCCCCGGGGUCAGCGCGAGCCGAGCAAGCCAACCCCGGCCGGGGAGACGGUGCCAGGCGGCGUCGGGGCAAAGAAGCGAAGAAGUUCUUCAGCCCAGGCCCCAGCGUCCAAAAAGCUGAAGAAGGAGGCAGAGGAGGUUCCGAUGAUCCCGAAGGGGAAGCCCAAGUCGGGGCGGGUGUGGAAGGAUCGCUCCAAGAAGAGGUUUUCCCAGAUGGUUCAGGACAAACCCCUGCGCACGUCCUGGCAGCGGAAGAUGAAGGAGCGGCAGGAGAGGAAGCUGGCCAAGGACUUUGCCCGGCACCUGGAAGAGGAGAAGGAGAGGCGCCGGCAGGAGAAGAAGCAGCGCCGGGCCGAGAACCUGAGGCGCCGCCUGGAGAAUGAGCGGAAGGCAGAGGUUGUCCAAGUGAUCCGAAACCCUGCCAAGCUCAAGCGGGCAAAGAAGAAGCAACUACGCACCAUUGAGAAGCGGGACACCCUGGUCCUGCUGCAGAAGCAGCUACCCCAGCGGCCAGCAGCCAAGAACUGACCGCAGAACAGCCUGAGACCUUCUGUGGCCACCCACCACGUGAGGUCAGACACCUCUUCUGGGCCCGGCAUGCCAACUCUGCAGCUCCAGAACAGGCAUCCCACCCCAGAUGGGGCUCCUGAGCCUUCGGGGCCUUUUGGACAGGUUUUUGUAGGACAGAAGCUCAGAGGGGUCCUGGUAGAGACUGAUGGGGGGAAGAGGUUCAGCUCCCCCUCUUCCUUCUGGUCCUUCUCCAAGUGCCUUCAAACCAAGAACAGUACAUUCUUCUGGUUGCUUAGCAAGCUGGAGACCAAGGGUGACUCCCCCUAAUGGGUAUGUCCUGUCCCCCCACAGCUUCCCAAAGGCUGCUUUGGGUACCUCUGCAUCCCACUG